AUGUGUGCGCCAGAUGAAGAGUCGGGCGUGGCCCUGGAGCCGCCACGCCCUUAUCAAGAUACGUUUCCAUGGCAUCUUGGCGUCUUUGACGCCCACAACCAUGUCGCCGAGAGAAUGUUGUCUGUUGCCGAUUUACCAACCAUGAAGGCUCAAGCGAUAGCAAUCAUGGCAACCCGAACACAAGACCAACCACUCGUGACGGCAAUUGCAAAAGCACACGGCGUGAAAGGCCCGGACUGUUUCUCACGAGACACAACUGCAGUUAUCGCGGGCUAUGGGAGACAUCCUUGGUUCUCCCAUGAGCUUUACGAUGAUUCCAAGGAUUGUCCUACCUUUAUACCCCAUGAAGAUGUUGAAAGUGCAAAGGAGAGGCAUUACAAGGCCAUCCUGUCACCCAGCCCAGAAGAUCCGGCCUUCUGGAGAGACCUGCCGACACCAGUCCCAUUAUCAAGCUUUAUUUCCGAGACAAGGGCGAGGUUAUUGGCCAAUCCUCAUGCAAUGGUUGGAGAAAUUGGUCUAGACAAGGCCUUUCGGUUACCGAUGCAAUGGCAAAAUGGGGCAAGUCCUUCACAAGAUCCGGCCCGUACGAGUGGCGGGAGGCAGAGGAGGCCACUCAGUCCGUUUCGCAUCCAGAUUUCGCACCAGAAAACCGUUUUACUGGCCCAUCUGAGUCUUGCCGGAGAACUCGGCAGAGCAGUCAGUGUUCAUGGAGUUCAAGUUCACGGGCUCCUCUACGACGUCCUGACUUCAUGCUGGAAAGGCCACGAACUAAAGGGACGGCGUGCCCAACAAAAAGAAGCAAAAGAAAACGGCCAUCAGACGGACACAAGAUCUGUGACUGAGAAUAACGACGGCAAACCAUAUCCUCCACGCAUAUGCCUUCACUCAUUCAGCGGAAAGUCGGAUGCAGUGAGGCAGUAUCUCAAGCCAUCGAUCCCUGCCAAAAUUUUCUUUUCCUUCUCAAAGACUAACAACCUCGCCUCGGAGGCAGCAAGAGCGAAGACGGAGGAUGCCGUCAGAACAGUGCCAGACAAUCGGGUACUCGUUGAGAGUGACCUUCAUACAGCGGGUGAUAGAAUGGAUGACGAACUUGAAGACAUGUACAGAGCUAUUUGCGAGAUAAAGGGGUGGACUCUAGAUGAAGGCGUUGGCAGGAUUGCCUCGAAUUAUCGGGAGUUUGUUUUUGGUUGA